AUUUUCGGACCGUCAUGGAGAACGUGGAGUUCCGAGGUGGCCACGAGAGGUUUCCGGACAAAGAGCCGAGGUUGAAUCCCGUAGUUUUGGAUCAGGAACAACAAACUCACCAGCAGCUGUUGGUGAUGGGGGAGCAAAGAGGAGUUGAUCCGUACAAAUUGGUGGAAGUACAUUUGACGGGCGGAGCUCCGUGGGGAUUCACACUUAAAGGAGGGAGAGAACAUGGGGAGCCGCUCAUCAUCACGAAGAUUGAAGAAGGCAGCAAAGCUGCAGCUGUUGACAAGUUGUUAGCUGGUGAUGAAAUCAUCAGCAUUAACGACGUGGGUCUCUCUGGGUUCAGACAAGAGGCGAUCUGUCUGGUGAAAGGUUCGCACAAGACACUAAAGCUUGUCGUGAAAAGAAAAAAUGACCUAGCCUGCAGGCCCCACUCCUGGCAUGCGACCAAAUUUACUGAGAAUCAUCCUGACACAGCCACAGCACGGCUGUCUUCGACCAACAUCUGUGCUUCAUGGCACUCCCGGUAUCAUGCAAGCUCCUCUUCCCAUGACCUAUCAAGCUCAUGGGAUCAGUCAAAUCUCCAUCGCACUUCAGAUCAAUUCAGCUCUGCUGGAAGCAUGGACAGCUGGGAUUACACACCGCAAAUGUAUCCAUAUGGACAGAUUUCAUCAGCAAAAUCCAACAGCAGCAUCGAUCAUCUGGGGAAUCCCAGCAAAAGGGAUUCAGCCUAUGGCUCUUUUUCCACCAGCUCCAGUACUCCCGACCACACACUGUCCAGUGUAGAUGUUGCCUCGGCCGAGAAUGUGCAGUACAAAAUGAGUCACUGGGAUAGCCCGAAACAGGGGAAUGGCAAGAUUGCCUCAUUCCCAAGUGAUAAUGGAGGGUUUGAAGAGAAGUCUGCCUGCUUUCCAUCUCCAGCUCAAUAUGAGAACAACAAUAAGAUCCCCCGAGUGGAAGAUCAUUCUGAUCCAAAGUAUUCUGGGUCUGGAAGAUCAAAUUUUGGACCUGUUUGGUAUGUCCCAGAGAAAAAAAAGUCACCCUCUCCUCCACCACCACCUCCUCCUCUCCGUAGUGAUAGUUUUGCUGCCACCAAAGGUCAUGAGAGAACCCAUGUCUCUCUUUAUUCAGAAGGUAUUCAAAGCACCCAGCACUUUGAAGUCCUGCAUAGACCCCAGGCCAGGAAUGACUGGAAUACUGAAGCUGCAGAACAGCAAAAACGAGCUGCUAGGGUAAUUGAGAAGACCUCAGAUGGGAAGCAAAGUGGCAAUCCAAUAUAUAGGUCUGAUCUCAGUCUGGAUUAUAAUUUGUCUUUUGCAGGUGACAGAGUCAACAAUAACGCAGGAAAUGCCAAUAGACUGCAUUCGUCUCUGUCCAGUACUGACGUUCGAUUUGCACAGUCCAUUUAUGGGCAUAAUUGCCAUCACCAUCAGCGCCAGUACAGUGAUGAAAGCACUUUCUUCCACAAUUCAAAAAAUUCUGCAUUGCCUAAAGAGCAGCGGCACCUCUCCUCUUAUGUUGGCAUUCAGGAAAGACCUGCCGACAAACACAACCUCCAUUCCAACCCUGUUAGGACAUUCAGUACUACUGCUGCUUCUUCUGACAUCAGUUCUGAGGAGAAAAUGGACAGCACUGGGCUAAAUCGCUACUAUUGUGCGGCAAUAAAACAACCUGCUCAGGGAAACUCAAGACCACUACAGCUCAAAGAUGAAUGUUGGAAUUCUGGAACAGGUGCUUAUGUCUCUGCUAGACCACAUGAGACUCCUGCUGUAGCUAUGAUGACCCAAAGCCCAAAAUAUUAUCUACCUCUACAACUUGUUGAGCCUUCUCUGGAUGUAUGUGAAAAAAGCAGUCAUUAUGUGGGGAAUAAAGGAGAAGAUGUUAGAACUGGUGUGAUGGAAGAUUCCAAAAAGUUUAGCUACCCUGACAAAUCAGGACAGACUAAGAAUUUUGAGAACCACAAUAGCUACAAUGAGCAAGAAUAUGCUCAGGCAUGUCCUCUAAUGUCAGAGAAUAAAACUGGCCCAAAAGAUUUCAAAUGCAGUCAGGAAGAGAAGAACAAAAUUUCUCCUCAGAAGACCCCAAUGUUGCAUUCCUUAGCUCAGGAAGGAAAAAAACAGCCUGAUAAAGGUGCUGAAACUGGAAUUAAUAGACAGCCUGCAUUUGAUGCUCAUCUGAAUAAAAAUGCACGAAGGAGUGAUCGUUUUGCUACCACACUGAGAAAUGAGAUCCAGAUGAGGAGAGCAAAAUUGCAGAAAAGUAAAAGCACAGCAACCUUAGCAGAAUCAACUGAGGCAGAAGAGUUCAUCGAGAACUGGAAACCUGAUUCUGCAGAGAAGGUGCACCCUUCAUCAGAAAAUACUUUUACUAAUGAGUACAAGGAUAAUCUUAAAGAGGCCCAGGCCAGAGUAUUGAAGGCAACCUCUUUCCAGCGCAGAGACUUGGAACCCAAUUCUACAGAUUAUUUUCCAGACCGGAAGACAAAUAAUUAUAACUCUACGUUGUUGGCUCUAGUUUCUGAGGAUGAAUCUGGCUUCCAUGCAGGUAUGCAGUCUUCUAAACAGAGUUCACCUGCUAGCAACCACCACAUUUCUCGCAUUGGCGGUAGAAAGAGGUUCACAGCAGAACAGAAGUUGAAAUCUUAUUCUGAGCCUGAAAAGAUAAAUGAAGUGGGGGUAUCUGACAAUGACUACCACCCACACCGUCGUCCAACUACGUCUGAGGAAGCCUUAGGUUCUUUUGCAGAUAGGUGGAAGUUCUUUGAAGAAACAAGUAAGCCUGCCUAUCAAAAAUCUUCACAAACAAAUAUACCCUAUGGUCGACCUGAAGGACAGCCUGGUAAUCAUCGCAGAAAUUCUCAUGAGGGCGAGACUGAGGGGUCGUGGUAUGUAAGAAGAAUGCGGGCAGCUUCUUUUGGAAUUGAAAGUACGCUUGGUGCUCAUAACAAAUCCAAAGACAGUGUCUCUUACAUUGGCCACAAAACAAAAUCUGGACAGCCUCAGAGGUUAGAAACUUUUGCAGAGUAUCAAGCGUCAUGGAAAGAACAGAGGAAACCUUUAGAGACUCGGAGUUCAGGAAGAUACCAUUCAGCUGACAACAUCCUUGAUGCUGGCCAUGAACAGCUUGAGAAACCGCAGUAUGCACAUGAGCGGUCUAGGUCAUCCCCUUCUACUGAUUUCCAUAAACAGGAAGUAUCCACUGAAGUAAGGAGGCAAACAGAAAAUCCAAGGGAAACUGAAGAACAUAAUUCUUCUCCAGCGAGAACUGAUGAAAGGAGCUGCAGCUCGAGCUUUUUUUCUAAGUUCACGGUGUCUCUCCAGCCUCCUCUAAGCAGAGAGCAAACCUGCCUUCUUUCUGAGUCUCAGAGGCCACUUGAUAUAGGAUACCCAGAAGGCCAUCCUGGAGGACCAGCAUCUCAGCCAGAUUAUGGUGUAGGGAAUAAGUGGAAGGCAUCAAGCAGGCUCUCUGGUUUACCUCAGGGAAGCCGAAGUAGAUCUGGGACAUUGCCCAGCGACUACAGAUAUUCCCAGGAAAAUGUGAGCGAAAAAAGCAAAGAGUACAGUGUGCUGCCUCUGACUGUUUCUGAGCUACAAAUAACAGAUGAAAACCACUUAUGUCAAUCACAAGUCAAAGGAGAGGAGAGCCUACAAGCGGAACAGGGGCUUCUGAAUAAGAAACAUGGUCCUCUACCUCAAAGGCCUCCCCCACCGAAGCGAGAUAAUAAACACAGACAGCAGGACAAUUCUUCAGCAUCACUUUCUGCCUCCUCAGAGUCUUUACUGACAGCAGCCAGUCAGUCAGUUCAGUCAGUGCCUCCCAUUUCUUCCAGUGUGGUUGCUGAUUACUUCUCUCCUCACACAGCGAAGGUUUCUGGAAAAUUAGCAAGCACUGAGCUGCCAGAGGCUCCACAGCUGGUAUCCAUAGAGAAAGUUUGUCAGCACUUAGAAGAAAAAACACAUCUCAAAUCUGAACCUGUACUAUCUUCAGCAUUUCGCUACCUACAAAAACCUGGAAUGGAGACGUCAAGGUCCCCUUCUCCACAGUUUGCUCCACAGAAGUUAACUGACAAACCUCCCGUAGCUGUCCAGGAUGAGAAUCCCACAAGAAUCGAAAGAGUGAUGGAUAACAACACAAUGGUAAAAAUGGUUCCUAUCAAGAUAGUACAUUCCGAGAGCCAUGCGGAGAAGGAAAGCAGGCAGAAUCUAGCAAGCACAAUAGAUCCUCCUGCUUUGCCAAGUGGGUUGGAAAAAGAUCAGCUAAAGACACUCAGCACUUCUGAACAGUCCUACUCACGUUUCUGUGCUUAUACAAGGCAGAGUGUGGAAUCAGAGCCGGAGAAAAAAACCAGAUUGCCUUAUUUGCAGCCUACUGAAGGGCUUGGGACCAACUUGAAGGACAGUGAUGUUCCUGCCCAUGCAGUUAGCUAUGUGAGGGCCAAAGAAAAGACAAUCGAUGACUGGAAGUCAGAGGAGUUAGCCAGAGAGAUUGUGGGCAAGGAUAAAUCAUUAGCAGAUAUUUUGGAUCCUAAUGUGAAAAUCAGAACAACAAUGGACCUGAUGGUGGGAAUCUUUCCUAAAGAUGAACAUCUCUUGGAAGAAGCUCAACAACGCAGGAAGCUUCUUUUAAAAGUUCCUUCACCAAAAGCCACUGAAGACAAGAAAGAGGAGCAGACUCUGCCUGUGGCCAUCCCCCUGACGACCAAUUCCACUUACUACAGCACAUCAGCACCCAAAGCAGAACUCCUGAUCAAAAUGAAGGACAUGCAGCAGCAGCAACUUCAGCAGCAAAGUGAAGAGGAUUCUGAGGAUGAGCUAGACCAUGAUUUGUCUGAGAAAAAGCAAGAGCUUAUAGAUAGCAUAAGUCGAAAACUGCAGGUGCUGCGAGAAGCUCGGGAGACUCUCUUGGAAGACAUUCAGGCGAACAAUCUGCUUGGAGAUGAAGUGGAAGCUAUUGUGAAAGAGGUCUGCAAACCAAAUGAGUUUGACAAGUUCCGGAUGUUCAUCGGAGACUUAGACAAAGUGGUCAACCUCCUGCUGUCACUUUCUGGUCGUCUGGCCCGGGUGGAAAAUGCCUUAAACAAUUUGGAUGAAAAUGCUUCUCCUGAAGAACAAAGAGUUCUGGUGGAGAAGCAGAAGCUACUCACGCAACAGCAUGAAGAUGCAAAGGAGCUGAAGGAAAACCUGGACCGAAGGGAACGCAUCGUCUUUGACAUUCUGGCCAACUACCUGAGUGACGAAAGCCUUGCAGAUUAUGAGCACUUUGUCAAAAUGAAAUCCGCCCUCAUUAUUGAGCAGCGAGAGCUAGAGGACAAAAUCAAACUUGGGGAAGAGCAGCUCAAGUGUCUGACUGACAGCCUUCAGCCCGAAAGGCCCAAAUGACAUAAACUUAGGGUAAUUUGGAUCGCAUUCCAUGUAUGCAGCACCUCUGAUCUCUAGGGGGAGCCAUUGAAAAGGCAAGAAAAUGUCAUUAUAGCAAUAAUGUCGGAAGUUUGUUUCUGUGUUGGAUGUAUUUACAUUUCUGGGAUCAUAUUUAAUCUUCUCCGGUUGUUCUUAUCAUACAGUCAUUUUUUAAAAAUUCUGUAGACAUUAGAUUCUGCGCUUCAGGUUUUGUACAUUGAGGAAUCUUCUCCUGCAGUUAUGCAUGAAAGCAAUUUUUGGAUUUGUUUUUUAGAAAUACAUGGAUGGUUUCUGUUCUCUUCAGAUGCCAUACAGAUAAUUGCAAACCUCCAAAAUAAGCAAUAUUCAGCGCUGUUGAAUUUAGAGACUUUCUUUUAAUACAGCCAUAUCAGGCAGAGAACAUAACUUUCUGCACACUAGUAUUGCAUUCAGAUUGGUGAGAUGUAGUGACAUUUUCAUUCUUGUACAUUUGAUGAUAUGUUAAAGUAUGUCAUAAGGAACGUCUUUCAAAAAAUUAUCAAAACCAUUUGUACAAGUAAAGCUUAGCCAUUUGUCAUAGUUACCUCCAAACAUUUUGAGGAAUGUUAUAUUUGUGUGGCUGUUGUUUUUUAAUGCCCUGAUGAGGAGAGAAACAUUGUCACCAUUGCAUUAACUGCUUUACUAGUGUGUGUGUAGAGGGGAUAGCUAGGAGAGAGAAGGGGAAUAUUUCAUUCGUUUUAGCUGACUUGUUUGAAAUUGGUUUGAAAUUGAGGUCCCGUGUAUUUGACAUAUGCCGAAUCUAUACUGUGAGGCAGAACUGCUAGGCCACACUAGGUACUGUCUGCCAGAGACUCAAUGGUCUGUACUUUAAUUUAUCCGCAAAAUUUGCUGCACAUCUUCCUUCCCCCCCUCAUUUAUACAACGCUCAUAUUUUUUUGUGUCCAUGUCUUUGCUGCUCCAGUACUGUUUUCACCAUAUUUCUCUGUCCACCCCAAUAAGCAUUAUGCUGUCUUUUACUUAAUUACUUCACAGUUGCAUACCUCUUACAUUACAGGGAAUGUAAUGUAUUUCCGUUUUGCAUACUACCAACUAUAUCUUUAAAGGGACUUUGUUUCGUAUCUCAGAUCAUAUGGAACAUAUUAUUAACCAUACCAUCUGAUAACACUGUAUCAAUAAGAAGUCCGAUUAAACUCUCCCAUAGAAAAUAAGGAGGACAUGAUAGCAAAUGCUAAUGAAGUGUUCUAUACAUAAGUGCUGUUGUCUUAUGUACCCAUUGGAUAGAUGGAAAUCCUAGAGGCUGUUUUAAGUUCUUAGGAAUUAAUUUACUCUGCACUUCACUUCUGGACCCAGCUGCCAUAAUCUUUUCUUUCAGAAAUGAGAUAAAUUUAAACGUUACAGAAAAGUGAAAAACCUUUCUCUAGUAACUCUUGCCUUGUGACUUGAGAGUGGGCAAAGGUUUUGCAUUCAAUUCCUCUCAUUCCAAUAAAAAAAAUCUGUUUGCUGUGCACUUUCCUGCAUUAAUUGCUUCUCUAAUUAAAUAUUUCACAAGCAGCAGACCAGUCCUCAGUGGGGCUUUCUCCCCUAGUGAUCAGUGUUUAUUGAUGCAUCCUAGCCUCCUCCACUCACCUACGUGAAUGGCAUUCUUUCAAAUGUUCAUAUCCCAGUUCUAGUUUGGUUUUUUAUCAUCUCAGAAGAUUCUUGCCAUUACCAGAUGCUGCUGUGUCUCUCUGAACUGAUGCUCACUUUGUUUGGGAAUUCUUUUACUGAUCUUUAAGUAUGGCCAAGCUAAAAUAAGUGCUUAUUUUAAUUUCUGUCAGUAAGCUUUUUCCAUUUUUUUUAAAACAAAUGAUUGUUUUAGUGAUUCUGAUUGUGUAUGUGGACUCCAAAUAUAAUUUCAGUAUGUGUGUACACAUUGCUUUGAGUUAAGACAUACAAUUCUUAUGAAGAUAGCAAUAUGGGAUUGAUAUAUAAUUAUAUAUUAUCCUUUUCACAAUGUGAUAUUAGUCACUACCUUUGCCUGCCUGCCUGCCUCUCUGACUUUCCCUUUUAAAACAUUAAUUUGUCAGUUGGUUCACUGGAGGGACCAUCAUAUGGAUUCCUCCUCUUCCUGUACAUAAUUCUAUAAAUAGUUCCAUUGUUGCUUUGCAAGAGAGAGACUCUGGUGCUAACUUCUUGCCUUUGGCAUCCAUAGGCAGUGGCUUAUUUCUUAUUCUCUUUUAUGUGUCAUUGCAAUUUUUAGACUCUUUUUGUAUAGUGAAAAAUAACUUUCAGAUUCCCCCCCCCCAGUUGUAUCUUUGGAAUUUGCAACGUUGAGGAAAAGCAUAUAUUCGCUUCUUGCUUGUUGCUUAAGUACUUACCUACUGAUAAAACUACCUUGCUUGGCCAAGGGAAAUAAACUGAGUAUUGUGUUUCAA